AUUGACUGCUUUUUUUUGUGUUGUUUUUUGGUUGGAUUUUAGUUACAACAACGAUGUUACGGAGAGGGCAGGCGAUGCUGCCUUUCUUCUUAUUGGCCUGGGUCUUGAGGCUCACACAAGCUCUUGCUUCAGCUCAUGAUCGCCUGCAGGAUGAAGCAGCUGCAAAUUCCAUGUCAGGGACAGGAAACUUGGAUCGUGGAGGGAACUUGAGCUUAGCUACUGAUUUAGCCAUUCCUUAUGCUGAGGACCUUUUUUCUAAACUGGAUUACUUUUCACCAAAUGGAAAAAGUGAACUUUCUGAGAUUGCUGGUUAUUCUGCAGAACAACAGAUGCAGUCUCUUGAUCAUGUGUUUUCUGAGUCUGAUUCUACAAACGAUGGGCUUUUUGAUUUCAGCCAGCAUUAUAGGUAUGAUGUGGAUGCUCUUGAACAGCCUGGCUUUUCCAAUCCAGAUAGUGAUGACUUCAAUUCUGAUUUGACCAAGAACUCUGUCCCUUUUGCUGCUGACGACUACCCUAUGGCUUCAGACUCUGAAGGCGAUGUGGAACAUGCACUUUUUACUGAUCGGAGUAAUGACCCUGAUGACUUCCCAGAAGUCUCAGCAUAUGCUGAUUUAGCUACUUCAGAUAAAGAAAAUGUGUCUAAUAUUGCUAGCCUUGAUCUCAAUGAUUCGGUUAAUCUUGCAGCAGAAAUGGGUAUAGGUGAACUUGGCAAAGAGUUUGAUUCUUCUGACCACAAGUCUGGUACCUAUUCUGAAACCCUAGGCUAUGAUUCUGUUGCCUUUGCAGAUCUUGAAAAGGAUGGCACUGAUACUUUGCAUCCUGGUGUGCAUUCCUAUCAUCGUAAGGACCAAGUUACUGGUGACCUCAAUGAAAUGCAUGUUUCUUCUUUUGACCGCUCUGUACUUACUGAUAUAAAUCUGGAGUUGGAUGAAGCUCUUUCUCCAGCUCUUAAGAUUGCCAGUGCACUCAACUCUCCUGAUCUCUCCGGAGGUCCCAGGGUGCCAAGCAGCAUCUAUGAUGCCUCUAUGGGGCCCUAUGGUGUAUUUAAUCGACCUAUUACCCCACCAAACCCUCCUCCCCAUAGCACAGGAGAGCCAACCACCCUGGCUUCAGCAACUACAUGUGGUGUUGCAGACAUGGCCAUCAAAUUGUUUGGUGGAAGGCUAACAGACCUCAAAGUGCGAGCUGCCUUCAUAUUUGUUGAAGUAAGCAAGAUUACGCAGAGGUGCAGAUACAAAGUGUUUGAGAGAAAUGGAGUUGUCCACUUUACAACUGCCUUCAAAGGUUGCAAUGUGAAGAUACAGGGUGGGCAAUAUGUCCUGACCCUGAUGUGGAGAAACCACUAUGUGCAUAUGACCUGUCCAAUUUCUACACCUGAUAAACCUGUUACAAUCUGUGGUACGAGUAGCAUGACCAUCACACUCCCAGCAGGACCAGUAGAAGCACUUCGUGUAAAAAAUAAAUUAAACAAAUGGGUAUCCGUUCACCAAGUUGCUGUUAAAUGCAAAUAUCAACUGUUGCGUGAUUCAGAGGGAAGGAUCACUUUCACUACUUCCUACAAUGGAUGUCACGUGAGGAGAUCGAUGGAUCGUUACUUCUAUAACAUCUACUAUCAAAUGGCUCCAGGGAAGCUAGGACAGGCACUCAUGUCUUGUAGGACCGGAAUUAAUGUCACAGUCCCGCCUGAAGCGUCUUUGCCGUCUGUAUUUUGUGCCAAGUCUGGCAUGAUAAUCAAAUUGCCUAAGGGACGUCUUGAUGCAGUCAAAGUGAUAGAUGGUUUUGGCAAGGCAAUACCUGUCGGUAGUAUUGCCAAGAAAUGUAAUUAUCAACUCUUUCAAAUGAAGACUGGACACAUCAUCUUGAUUGCUUCCUUCCAAAGCUGUCAAGUUGCGUUUGUGGAUGGUUGCUUUGCCUUGAAUAUCAAGUUCCAGCAUGCUGAUCGUGUAAUGGGAGAGGUCUCUGCGCUUUGCCAUGCAGGUGGGGGGCCAAAACCAACUUCCCAACCUGAUACUCCUACAACUCGAGAUGUAACUUCCAGUAUACUGUCUACAGUAAUUCCUGCGGAUGUGUCUGCUACCAUCUGCAACAAGGAUGGCAUGACAGUAGUUCUACCCAAUGGUCCUUGGUGGGGGAUUAGAGUGAAAGAUCUUUCUGGCAAAGAGAUCACUGUGACUAGUGAUUUUGCAGAACGAUGCCAUUACAAUCUCUCUCUGCAUCUGGAGAAAAUAAUCUUUACAACUACCUACACUGGCUGUUUUGUUGAGCAAGUGGGAGAUCGGUAUGUCCUGACUGUCCUGUACAGGACAGCUACUUGGAAUCGAGGGUCUGUGCGGAUGGAAUGCCCAACCAGUGCUGGAAGCCCUACAGAAUUGCCUCCUCUUUCAGCCACUGUGGGGAAACCCAUUAGUGUCUGCAGGUCCUCUAACAUGACUGUGGUGCUGCCUGCAGGAUCUCUGGAAAAAGUCUUGGUUCUAGAUCACCUCAACAGGCCAGUAAAAGUCAUUGAUGCGCCCAAGUCCUGCAAUUACAGCAUGGUGGAGAGAAGAGGACAGAUCCUCUUCACAGCUCCCUACAGUGCCUGUGAUGUCAAGAUCCUGAAUGGAAACUAUGUCCUGGCCAUUAUGUAUACAAGUUAUUCUGGAGGCUUUGCGUCAGUGCAGAUGGAAUGCCCUACCACUGGAGAACCAACAAAACCCCCUCCCUCUACAAAACCCAUUCCUCCAACUCCUGUCUGUGGCGCUUCCAGCAUGAUCGUGGAGCUGCCUGAGGGGCCUCUGGAACAAGUCAAGAUAAUGAAUGCCUCCAAUGGGCUAUGGGUAGCUGUAAAGGAUGUCCCAAAGAACUGCAACUACACACUGAUGAAGGAAAGAGGAAGAAACCUCUUCAUAACCUCCUACAAGGCCUGUCAUGUCUGGAUACUGAAUAAAAACUAUGUCUUGACUGUAAUCUACACAACUGCAACUGGGGUAAGAGGGAUGGUGCAAAUGACUUGUCCAGCUGUAGAGACAACAUCCCUUACUACUAGGUCUACAACUAUUGGGAAGCCAGUGACUACUGGGAAACCUACAAAACCAACUCUCCCUCCCACUCCUGUCUGCAAAGCCUCCAGCAUGACUGUAGCACUGCCCUCUGGGUCACUACAAGUUUUGUUAUUGAAUCUGUCCAAUGAAUGGGUAGAUAUCGAUGCUGCUCCCAGUUACUGCAACUACAGUUUGGUGCAGGGAAGAGGCGGCAGGAACUUCUUUACAGCCCCUUACAGGGCUUGUGAUGUCCGGAUACAGAAUGGAAACUACAUGUUGACCUUGCUUUACAUAACUGCUGCUGAUAAACGAGGGUACUUGGACAUUAGAUGUCCCACCACUGGUGGGGAGCCAACAGAGACUACUAGCCCCUCUGGUGGGGAGCUGACCGGAACUACUGCUGGAGAAACGACAACUACUUGGAAACCUACAAUGCCUACUCUCCCUGACGCUGCUCUCUGCAGAGCCUCCAGCAUGACUGUAGAAUUGCCCUCUGAGUUGCUUCAAGUUCUACUAUUGAGUCCAUCCAAUGAAUGGGUAGAUAUCAGUAAUGCUCCCAGUUACUGCAACUACAGUUUGGUGCAGGGAGGAGGCGGCAGGAACUUCUUUACAACCCCCUACAGGGCUUGUGAUGUCCGGAUACAGGAUGGAAGCUACAUCUUAACCUUACUCUACAUAACCAUUGCUAAGGGAGGCUACGUGCACAUGAGAUGUCCAAUAAAAACCACUACUAAGCCAACCAAGACUUCUAGAACCACCACUAGGAAGACUACCAGUAUCGCCACUGUAGGGGUGACCGAGGCCCCUGCAACUGUGGUCUGCACCGCCUCCAGUAUGGUGGUGGAGCUGCCCAAGGAACCUCUAAGACUUGUGAAGGUUCUAGAUAAAUCCAACCGGUGGGUAGCUGUCAUUGAUGCUCCCAAGUACUGCAACUACACCUUGUUGCAGGGAAGGGGAGGGAACUUCUUCAUAACCCCCUACACGGCCUGUGAUGUCAGGAUAUUGAAUAACAACUAUGUUUUGAAGAUCUGGUAUUUGGCAACUGGUGGCAAAAAAGGGUAUAUGGUGAUGAAAUGCCCCACCGAUGCUGGAGAACCCACAAAAGCACCAACAACUACUUGGGAGCCAACCAAGAGUACCAGGACCACCAUCAGGAGGACUACCACAACAACCAUUGGGGAGCCAACCAGGACCACCAGCAGGAGGCCUACCAGGACCACCAUCAGGAAGACUACCACAACAACCAUUGGGGAGCCAACCAGGACCACCAGCAGGAAGACCACCAGCAGGAGGCCUACCAGGACCACCAGCAGGAGGACUACCACAACAACCAUUGGGGAGCCAACCAGGACCACCAGCAGGAGGCCUACCAGGACCACCAGCAGGAGGACUACCACAACAACCAUUGGGGAGCCAACCAGGACCACCAGCAGGAAGACCACCAGCAGGAGGCCUACCAGGACCACCAGCAGGAGGACUACCACAACAACCAUUGGGGAGCCAACCAGGACCACCAGCAGGAGGCCUACCAGGACCACCAGCAGGAGGACUACCACAACAACCAUUGGGGAGCCAACCAGGACCACCAGCAGGAAGACCACCAGCAGGAGGCCUACCAGGACCACCAGCAGGAGGACUACCACAACAACCAUUGGGGAGCCAACCAGGACCACCAGCAGGAGGCCUACCAGGACCACCAGCAGGAGGACUACCACAACAACCAUUGGGGAGCCAACCAGGACCACCAGCAGGAAGACCACCAGCAGGAGGCCUACCAGGACCACCAGCAGGAGGACUACCAUAACAACCAUUGGGGAGCCAACCAGGACCACCAGCAGGAAGACCACCAGCAGGAGGCCUACCAGGACCACCAGCAGGAGGACUACCACAACAACCAUUGGGGAGCCAACCAGGACCACCAGCAGGAGGCCUACCAGGACCACCAUCAGGAAGACUACCAUAACAACCAUUGGGGAGCCAACCAGGACCACCAGCAGGAGGCCUACCAGGACCACCAGCAGGAGGCCUACCAGGACCACCAGCAGGAGGCCUACCAGGACCACCAGCAGGAGGACUACCACAACAACCAUUGGGGAGCCAACCAGGACCACCAGCAGGAAGACCACCAGCAGGAGGCCUACCAGGACCACCAGCAGGAGGACUACUACAACAACCAUUGGGGAGCCAACCAGGACCACCAGCAGGAAGACCACCAGCAGGAGGCCUACCAGGACCACCAGCAGGAGGACUACUACAACAACCAUUGGGGAGCCUAUCAGGACCACCAGCAGGAGGCCUACCAGGACCACCAGCAGGAGGCCUACCAGGACCACCAGCAGGAGGCCUACCAGGACCACCAGCAGGAGGACUACUACAACAACCAUUGGGGAGCCAACCAGGACCACCAGCAGGAAGACCACCAGCAGGAGGCCUACCAGGACCACCAGCAGGAGGACUACCACAACAACCAUUGGGGAGCCAACCAGGACCACCAGCAGGAGAACUACUACAACAACCAUUGGGGAGCCAACCAGGACCACCAGCAGGAAGACCACCAGCAGGAGGCCUACCAGGACCACCAGCAGGAGGACCAUCACAACAACCAUUGGGGAGCCAACUAGGACCACCAGCAGGAAGACCACCACAACCACCAUUGGGGAGCCGACCAGGACCACCAUUGGGAAGACAACCAAGGCCCCUACAACUGUGGUCUGCACAGCUUCCAGUAUGGUGGUGGAGCUGCCCAAUGAACCUCUAAGACUGGUCAAGGUUCUAGAUAAAUCCAACCAGUGGGUAGCUGUCAUUGAUGCUCCCAAGUACUGCAACUACACCUUGUUGCAGGGAAGGGGAGGGAACUUCUUCAUAACCCCCUACACGGCCUGUGAUGUCAGGAUAUUGAAUAACAACUAUGUUUUGAAGAUAUGGUAUCUGACAACUGGUGGCAUAAAAGGGUAUGUGGUGAUGAAAUGCCCAACCAGUGCUGGAGAACCCACAAAAGCCCCAACAACUACUCCCACUACAUGGGCGCGAACCAAACCGACCAGGACCACUGGAAUUGCUACGAAGACAACUGUGACAACCACUGGUGGGGAGCCAACUGUAGUCUGCACAGCCUCUAGUAUGGUAGUGGAGCUGUCCAAGGAACCUCUGGUACUAGUAGAGCUUCUAGCUGAAUCCAGCAAGUGGGUAGCUGUCAUUGAUGCUCCUGAGGAUUGCAACUACACCUUGGUUCAGAGCCGAGAAAGGAACUUCUUCAAAACCCCCUACAUGGCGUGUGAUGUCAAGAUUCUGAAUGAGAACUACUUCUUGGCCUUGCGCUAUACAACAAUUGAUGGUAAAGUAGGGUAUGUGCAGAUGAAAUGUCCAACCAGUGCAGGAGAACCAACAAAAGAUCCUGCAACUACAAACACGACCAGGAAAUCAACAAGGACCCCCCCAGCACCAGAUGUGGUGUGCAACUCAUCCGGAAUGAUGGUGGAGCUGCCCAAGGACUCUUUAGACCUAGUGGAGCUUCUAGAUUAUGCCAACAAAUGGGUAGUUGUCAACAAGGCUCCCAUGUACUGCAACUACACCUUGCUGCAGGGAAGUGGAAGGACCCUUUUCAUAACCCCCUACAAAGCCUGUGAUGUCAGGAUACUGAAUGAGAACUACAUCUUGACCCUCCGCUAUACAACUUCUGGGCAACAAGUUUAUGUUCACAUGAAAUGCCCCACCAGUGCUGCAGCACCCACAAAAACACCUUCCUCUACAACCACUACUGGAAAACCACCAAUACCCACUGUCUGCAAAGCCUCAGUCAUGACAAUAGAGCUGCCUGAAGGACCAAUUGAACAAGUAGCCCUGAUAGAUAAAUCCAACACUCUGGUAACUGUCAAAGAUGAUACCAGAAAGUGUGGCUACAGCUUGGUGCAUGUGAGAGGAAAGAACCUCUUCACAACCCCUUACACAGCCUGUGAUGUGAAGAUGCUGAAUGGGAAUUAUGUCCUGACUCUAGCAUAUGUAACCCUUACUGGGGAAAGGGUACUGGUGCAGAUGAAAUGUCCAGUCAGUGCAGCUUUACCAACAGGGUUGCCGCUCCCUCCCUUUGGGGUUUCUGUCCUCUGCAGUGAUACUUGCAUGACAGUGGAACUUCCUGGGGGACUGCUACAAGAUAUCCAGUUAAUGGAUGAAUCCAACAACUUGGUAGCUGUUGCCAGUGCUCCCAAGACUUGUGGCCUCAGUUUGGUGAGGGGGAACGGCAAGAACAUCUUGACCGCUCCUUACAAGGCCUGCAAUGUCAAGAUACUGAACAACUUCUACAUCCUGAGAGUCAUUUACACCACUCUUACUGGGGAGCGAGGAGAUAUACAGGCCAAGUGUCCUGUUCCUGGUCUAGUACCACGUGAGGGGUGCAAGAUACCAAGAAGUCAGCAGGUUGCUUGUGGUCCACCUAAUGCUGAUCCACAACUGUGUGUGGCCAAUGGAUGUUGUGUGGAUGCAACAACUUCCCAGUGUUACUAUCCUUUGAAUGCAUGCACUGCAGAUGGCCAUUUUGUAUUCUCCGUAGACCGCACCUCAACUAAGCCAGAAAUCGAUCCUGGCAGUCUAGUAAUUGCAGGAAACCGAUCAUGUGCCCCAGUAAUCUGCACUCCAGACUUUGCCAUCUUCAAAUUUCCUGUGACUGGCUGUGGGACACAUGUCUUUACGGUGGCGGAGACUACAAUUUAUCUUGCUGAAGUUCAUGGCUUGGUUCGGGGGAACCAGCAGAUGUAUGGACAAAUUACCAGAGAUGGCCCUUAUCGUUUCCAGGUGGAAUGUCGCUAUUCUAAAGGGCAUUUGGCCAGCACUGGUUACUUGGUGGUGAACCCACCGCCUCCAUCAGCAGCCUUGGCUUUUGGCUCACUUGGGGUUAGGUUAAGGAUUGCCACAGACACCAGCUACACUAGCUUCUACCCUCGGUCCCAUCUGCCCCUGAGCUUCUUGCUUGGAAGCAAGGUGUAUCUGGAAGUGCAGCUUGUAAACCCUCCUAACCCCAAUGUAGUUCUGCUGGUCCACUACUGCAUCGCCUAUCCCCAGUCCUCUCAAGCUGCCUGGGUGAUCCUCUAUGAAGGUUGUCCCAACAUCCUGGAUUACAGCAGUGCUGCUGGCCUCCAUGUGAAAUACAAUAACAUGCCUGUAUCCAAGCACACUCGACGCUUUGAAAUACAAAGCUUCCAGUUCCUGGACUACAAGACCAAGCAGCAUUUGGAUGAGGAAAUCUAUUUUAUGUGUUCAACUGAAGUGUGUUCCCCAGAACACAGUGUUUGUAAUGAAGGAUGCUUUGAUGGGAGAGAUAUGCCUGUUCCAGUGGAUCUUGGUGUGGGAGGGCUCUGUGCAGGAAAGCCCUGUCCUGGGAAAUCCAACGUAGUCAAGCGAGCUGCUCAUGGUCAUACUGGCCUCAUUGCUGUCGGUGAAGGAACCUUCCUUUUGGAUGAGCCUGUGCCCCAUGAACAAAUGGGGAAGCACUGGACACACUUCCAUGGUCUCCUGGGGCUGCUUGCUCUGCUGGUCUCGGUAUCUGUUGUAAUGCUCUUCCUCAAAUGGAUUGUCUUGCAAAUGGCCAGGUCCUAGAGAAGCAGUCUCUAACUUGAAUAAACCUUUAUCUUGUGUUGA